GCAGCCGGGACAGGAGCUGAGAAGCGGGGCGGGAGUCCGGGUCUGGGCUGGAGUCGGAGAGCGAGAACCGGACGAAUCGAGGGCUGCUGCUGCUGUUGAUGCCGCCGCCUGGGCUCACUGGGCGUGCGCGCAGCGCUUUUAGCGAAGAGGGCGCCCUGCUCCGUUUUUAUGGCUCCACGGCGGACCACGUUGAGAACAACAACAGCCUGGUCCGGAGCCAGCGCCAACUUGUGCUUCUUAGAGCCCCUUCCCUGGCCGCUGGCUUCCCGGACCGCGCCUCCCCGGCGCCGCUGCUUGGGCAGCGAUGCACCCGGGACGAAGCCCGAGGUCGCGGCGCAGCAGAGAGGCGGCCUGCGCCCAGGGAGGGCUCGGCAAAGGGGAAUGGAGUGGAGCACCCUAGGCUGCGGGAGCGCGAGAGGAGGGGGGCACCCCAUUUGGAUACGAAUAGCGCGGUCCUGGAGGGAGGUCCCACGACCCGGAGCUUAGCUGCCCUUAGCCAAAAGUACGCCACAGACACCGGAGCCCUGGCCGGGCCCAGGGGGCCCAGGCCUGCUCGCAAGGCGAGGUUUAAUUUGUCCCAACUAACACAGGGCACGCCCUCACGUGGUCGGCUGGAGCAAUGUGGUGCUCUAGGACAUCUCCGAGGGGGGUCUCCGCCCAAUCCAAAGAGGCUAAAGGAUGGGAGGCGCCCUUCAGCGGUGCGCCCGGGGUCUUGUUAUACCUCUGGAGACCUGGCCGCAACAUCAGGGAUGGGGGACGACCCCGAUAUUUCCUAGCCGCCCUCCCGGCUGCUGAUGCUCGAAGUACUCUAUUUUGUGAUCUGCAAGUAGCCGCCGCCAUGGACCCCAAAGCCAAAUGGGGGUUGCAGGGUGGGUGGUUGUAGGACUGCGACCCCUGGAGUAGCCCCCGUGGAAGGAUGGGGGAAAGAAAUUGCUCCUAGUUGCCUUGCCACCCUUCACGCUGUGGUCUGGAGAGGAAAAUUAUCCAGGGGACACUGCAAAGGAGAGUGGGUCCCGCGGAGGGGCCUCCAGGCUGCAAUGUCCCGCAACAUGGACCCGGUGUGCUGAAGCUGGCAAAGUCCCUCGGGGAGACCUGUGCAAGCCUGGAGGCCCUGAACUCUGCCGAGUCCAGGGUGGGGGGCGCUGAGGAGACACCAGUCUUUCUCGAAACCAGAGAAACCUCCACUGAGGGAGCUGAGAUCACGGGAGACUCUUGGGGGAGGAAAGAGGAUCCCUUUGGGGGGCGUGAUUUUAGGGCCAGGCACCCGUGAGGGGCUGGCGGGGCUGGGGCUGCGGACAGUAAAGUGGUGGAGCAGGUCAGGACUCGAGGGAAUUGGGGUUCCAGGAUUGAAAGAAAAGCUGCUGAAGGGAAGAGCUGGAGACAGUAAGGUACCGUAAAACGGGUGGAUCCUAAGUCCCAGUUCUGAACUUGGGCCCCAGCAGGCUCCCCUGCACCCCCCACAUGAGGCACCCUCGUCGCCACUCCUCUUCUAGGUGCUCACCCCUUUCACAGCUCUUUCACAGACAGGCUCCCUUUUUGUCCUCCCACCAAGCUAGAGAAUAAGCCCCCAGAGAUGAGGAAAGAGGCUGGAAAAGGGGGAAGGCACAAGAACACCUGAGCCUGGAUCAGGGCAGGUGUCAGGCUUCUGCCCUCGGGGCAGUGGGUAUACUGGGGGAGAAAGGGGGAGGCAGACUGGAGCCCACAGGUCUGCAGGCCUGCAAAGGAGACCCUGGCACUCAACCAGGAAGAAGGACCCACUGAAUGGACUGUCUGACAAGGGACAGGUAAACACUGAGGACCGGAGACCUCAGACAAGGUGAAUAAGAGACCAAUUGUUGUGCCUUGGAUGGCCACUUGCAAGCUUUUAGGACCCCAAGCACUACAGAACUAUCUAGGAGGUAGAACAGAAGCACUAAACAUGGUAUUAGGCCUCAAGAUGAAGCAAGACUCUCAGCCUAUUCAAGACGAAAUGCUUAAUGUAGUAGCCCCACCAGCUUCUGAUGGCUCCUUGCCUGCUAAUGCUGUAUGUUCCUGGAGUUUGGAGAUGGCACAGCGUGAUGACCAAUGUGUCAUACCCAUGUGUAGCAUGUGCCCAUGUCUAAGGAAGAUCCUCAAAGACAUCACUGUUCAUCUGAGGACCUCUGCGGGCUUCCAUGGGAAGCCAGAAUGGCUGCGCAUGGGUGUGGGCUGUGUGGUGCUCUGCUUAACAUUCCUGUAGCCCUGUACAGAGACGCCCGGGGCUGCAGUGACAUGAGACUUCCAGAGGACACUUCAGCGCCUUUGAGGCACCAAUCCGUUGCAAUAGUGCGUGCUUCAUGUACCACUUGACAUUCCGACUUUUGUUGCUUAUGUGGCCUCUCAGCCUUAGUGUCAUCAAGUGUUAAUCACCAUUCUUAGUAAGACCAGGGGCCCUGCCAGCCACUUAAUGACACAAGUGCCAUUAUGACAUUAGUGCCAUAUGAUUACCAAGGAAGCCCAAAUGACUACUAUUAAUGCCGUUGAGAACUUCCUCAAGAGCUUUGACUGGCAUUUAAUUCUGAUUCCAGGCAUCAUAGAUGAAAUUGAGAAGUUUCUGGAUGUGUAUGAGAAAUUCAAGGAACAAAUAGGAAAAUGGUUCCCAUAUGCAAAGGUUGUUUGUCACCCUGAUUCCUUAUCAGUUGCACCAACUGCAUUUCUGUGAUUAACAGCUGCAGCUUGUUCCACACAACUGUGAUAACAAAUGACAUUGUGAAAUGCUCACGGGGGAGAACCUCUGGCUGGAGGUACUCCUGAAUCCAAGUUAGGAGCUGCGUUCAAGAGGAAAUCCCACCAGUCAUCUGGUCCUUUCUCAGCAGGAGCACAGCUAGCAGUCCUCAAACGCAUUGGAGUGAGUGAUGAAAUGCAUGAGGGGCUUUCAGGAAACCAGCUAAGCAGCCUGAAACCAAGCGCUGAGGAACCAGCAAGUGAUGACUAGACUUAACACUUAAAAAAGGGGGACUGCACCCUUCCAGCUCCUGAGCAGAGGUGGCUUCAAAAGCAGCGAGGAUGCAACAGGGAGCAAAGAAUCUAGCCUGGCUGGCUAGAGGGGAUGCACAAAAACAGGGGCCCUGGUGUCAGGAUGCAAGUCUUCCUGGCAUGGCCCCAAGCCUGGGCGGGCUCCUGUGCCUCUGGGCCUCAGUUUUAUCCUCUGUGAAAUGGGGUGUAUGCACCAGGGCUCAAACCGAGGCCCCACGGAGGGUAUCUAAAGGCCAGGGCUGCGGCCUGGGAUGUGGGAAGCUGAGAGGCACCUCACGGGUCAGGAGAGGCCCUGGUUCAGGAAGGGGAGGAGAGGACAAGCUGUAGGGGCUCUGUACCCACUGCCUGGGGGCAGGGAAGGGGGGCUGCAUGCAGGAGGCUCAGGGUGGGCGCCCGGGGCCAGGCCGAAGCACCUGACCUGGUGGGCCUUUUUGGCUCGGACCGAGCUACUUAGGGAUAACAGUUGGGGGAGACAAAGCGCCUGUUUGGGAUUUAAAAUAUAAAUAGAGGAGCAUUCAACGUUCUUCAGCAUUUAAAAUAGGGGGAAAUUCACCAGACGAGACUGUGGGGAAGGCUGCCUUUAAAUGCAAAUGUGUAUUGUGAAGCCCUGAAAGAGGACAUUGUGAGGGGCUUGGGCCCCUACCACCUCUGUGGCUGGGAGGUGAGCUCCGAGGGGCCUGUGGGUCUGGGGGAGUGGGUGGGUGGCCCAAGAUCAAAGGAGUAGACCGUUUGAUGCUGAUGCUGAGAGGAUGCAAAACGUAGAGACUGAAACAAAAACAGGAUUCUGGGGAUCCUGCCCCCCAAGCCAUGCAGGACUAAAGGAGCUUGCCCCAAAGUGGCCCAAACCACAGGCUCCGCCUGCCACCACUGGGAGCCUCAAGAUGGCCGGUCCCCAAUCUGCAGGUCCUUGGCUGCAGAGGGCACGUGCUCAAGGCAGCAGCAGAGCAGAAGCCCUCACAAGUGUUUCGAAGUUAUGUUUAAUGGAUUUUCUCAAGAACGGAAUUAAGCAGUCUUUAUGAAAAAAACCGGAAAUUUGUUGGACUUGAUGGGUAUCAGCAUUAGUGCUCUUUCACGUUGCAUCACGUUACGGGGGAGGAACAACGUCUCUGCUCCCACAGCCCUUCAGAGUGGACGGUCAGCGCCCGGUGGGGGAGUGCACAGACAUGGUUUUGCGUUCUGCCUCCGGGGAGGUUUUUACCUCAGACCCCUGAAGCCCAUUCCCAGAGCUCCUGAGGACUCACAGGUGCCUCGUUAAUAUCCCCAACUUACAGAGAGGACGUGAAAGGCUGAGAUUUGGAGACUUGGGUCUGUCGCCUUGAGUAUGAACAAGGUAUUCAUCUCCAGAAAAGUCUGAGCCACCUUCUUUGAUGGUUCCCUGGGGUGAGGUGACUGUGAGGAAGGAGCAGGGAAGUGGGGCCCUGGCCUGGGCUAGGAGCCUGCUGCUGCUAGAGGGCACUGCUUCUGUUUCUUUAAAAAGCUGGUUUUUCUUAAUAAAGUUACUCCUGGUACAAAACCCCAACAGUGUAGAAGGAGGUAAAGUGGAAACAAAGCCCCACCCCCAGCACCACUGACGGUCAGUGGACAUGUUAGACAUGCAGCCUGUGUGUGUAUAUAUAACACGUGCCCUUUUAUUUUCUAAAAUGGAAUAUUACACAACUGUUCUGGCAACUUGUUUUUUUCAUCGAACACAGUACUCCGGCCGUCUGCAUCAGAAUGCAGACAUAACGUGUUCUUUUGAAGAACUGCAGAAUGGCCCCCAAGACACAGCUGUGCCUUGUUAUUUAACCCACCUCUUCUGAAGGGCCUGUGGUGCUGUUACAAGGUCACAGUGACUCUCCUUUGUUCACAAGUACGGGAGUGUCUGUAGAAUUCAUUUUUAUAGGUGGAGUUUCUCUGUGAAAGGGAAUUUUAACAGACACGUUGCUCAUUGCCCUCAGAGCCCCGAACUGCCUCCAGCUUCCACAGCCAGGCCCAGAGAGGGACCUGGGGUGUACUUCCCUUCACUGGAGCCACCCUGCCCAGCUGGGCUUUUGUGUGUCCUCCCCAGGCAACUGUUUCUCUCGCUGCCUUCACCACCAUACCAGCCCUCAGGACCUGGGCUUUUCCUCUCCCCAUUUGACCAAAUCCUGCCGCCUCCUCAGCUGAAGGUGGGUGGUUCAAACCCACCCAGCUGCUCCGCAGGAGAAAAAAACCAGUCAAUGUGCUCCCAUAAAGAUGACACCCUAGAAAACUCUAUGGGGCAAUUCUAUUCUAUCCAAUAAGGCUGCUAUGAGUCUCGACGACACUUAACAACAACCUCAUCCUUAAAGCCCCUUCUACCAUCAUCAUCAAGUUGUCUUCCUUGUCUUUGCUAGGCAUGGCAAGUUCCCCACAGUUGGCUUCUGCUUGCUUUUCUAACCUCAUCUCCACUUUGCACUCCCAUCUGAGUCUGCCCUCCCUCCGGCCUCACCAGAGUUACACUAUGCUUCCUCUGGCCCUCAGCUUGGGGGCUGUGAGGAAGGCUCUCUGGCCUGGCUCCCUGCUGGGUGGGGCCUCCCUGCACCUCCCCCUGCACCCCCCCCCCGCCCACUCCUGUGUGCUCUGUGUGUGGCAAGUGCCUUGGCAGGGGCUCAGAAAGAUGUGAACAAGGGAUGAGGGGAUGGACUCUGCACUGGACUUCAGCCCUAGGUAGGAAGCCUCCUUUCCACCUUAUCCUGGGGGGAACGGUGGAGUGAAGCUCAGUCAUUUAGUAGAUUGAUGCUGGGUCAACACCUCAUGGGGGAGAGCAGGGUCUCUUGCCUUAGGACCAAAGCCUUUUCUCUUUGAGGCAAGGGUCUCCUAGGUAAAUAGCCAGAUCUCCCCUUGGCCUGCUCGAGCUCCCCGAGGACACCUCCAGGAACUUGCAUGGUGUUGUCCUCUCCCAUCCCCCACGCUGGGAAGGGUUUACUCUGCAGGAAGCAGCCUGGAAUUGUCAAGCCUUCCAUUCAAGAUUUUUGGCCUCCACAGUUGUGCAAGCUUAAGAUUUGUUUCCUGGCUUUAGACCUGUAGUAGAACUUGACAUCUCUAGAAGCCAGGGCGUGAGGCCCACAGAGCCAUGUAAGGCUGAGAGACCAUUUUGGAAGAGGGAUCCGGGCUACCAGGACAAACCCUGCCAAACAGAAACACCCUCCCAGUGUCUUCCUAAGCAUUCAGCCUGCCAUUGCUGCCAUUAUGUCAUACCAGCAGGAUCCACCUUUGCUGAGGUGUAGCCAAGGGAAUCUUGGCUUAGUUUAUUUCCUUUUCCUACAAGGAACCUAACUGAGUUUAUGGGAACAUCCUUUGUGGGGAAGAACCGAAAGCCAUAAAGGGUGUGAGCAGGGCUGAGUGGACAGCUAGGCACUGAACCCAGGCAUCUGCCUUUGACCCCGUACUCAGCAGGCCAGCGACCCUGACCACAGGGAGCUCAGGAUGGGUGGGCGUUCUAGAGGUAGCUCAGAGCAGAGUCAGGCAGUCGAGGGCGGAGGGGGGUAUAGCCCACUUGCCAGGAAUUGAACGUUCUCUUGGAGGGUGGAUGUUUCUAGUUCCACUGUCCAGAUGAGGAAACUGAGGCAUAAGAGAGAUUGGGCAUUAUCUCCACUGACAUCGGGCCACGAAAAGACGGCAGAGCAUUUGCUGUUUGCCCCAUCUCAAGCAGCGCUUGGAUUGCUUUAUACCACUUAAUCACUUUGUGCAUUUAUCCUGUCCUACGUCUGUCACCUCCACUAGAGCAGGGACCUUGUCUAACUCACUGCUGCACAGGGCCUGGCACAGAGUAGGCCCUCAAUAAAUAUUUGUUGAAUGAAUGAAUGAGAUGGGAUUCAAACCUAGGUCUGUAUGUGCUUCCCUUCACACGCUAGCCUCCUCACAUUGCCUCGAACUCCAACUACAUGUGCGGUGGGUUCCAGUAGACUGGCUGGGGAAGCAGGGCCAGGGCCCCCAGGUGUAGGCUAAUGGAAGCCUGCAUGAUCCUGGGUAAGGCUCUCAGGACUUCUAUUUAAUAUGGACAGUUGUUUGGUCAUCCAGCCUUGAGGACCCUGAAUCCUGUAUCAGUUGAGAAUAGCUGCCCUGGGAGAGUUUCCUUCUGAGAUGAGGAAGGAACCAAAAACCAGACCCUUUUCCUUAAUUGCCACUAUCUAUUUUUUUUUAUUACUAAGGGGGGACAAAAAGAAUGGGGACUUUAUAGUUGCACUGGGCAGGGAAAGGAAGCAAAACAGAAUUUGCCACUUCGAUGAGUCCCCCACCCUGGCUGCCAGCCACCUGGCUACACCACCAUCGUGUUCGCCUGCCUGGCUCCCUGCCUCCUCUCCCCCCACCCCUCCCCCAGUCCAUCCUCGUCCUUUCACCGCUGAAAGGCAGUGAGAGUGGUCUUGCAAAAGAGAAAUCAGAGCUUACUGCUUCAGGCUGAAACCCCUCCGUGUUCCCCCACCAGGCGCUGUGUCUUCUGGCCCCUGCUGACCUCUUCGACUUUAUCUCUCUGGGCUCUGCCUGCUGCUGUCCUCCUUUCUGUUUGUCAGGCUCACCAAGCUCACUUAGCCGCUGGGCCUUUGCACUAGCUGCCCUGCCUGGACUUCCACUCCCCCCAGCUCUUAUCUUCUUCAUCUCCUUCUUUGCCACUCCCUAUCCUGUCCUCCUCAUUCCUAUUCUCAUAACAUUUCUCCAGCUAAACUAUCUUUUAUUUAAUAUCUGUCCCCUUCCCCCCAUAAGAUCUCAUCUGUCUUCUGCAGCAUCAAAUGAUGAGCACCUGAAAACUUAAAAUCUAACUCUUGGCCCUAGUCUGGACUCAGAAUGACAUCUGUGAAAGCAAAAAGAAAGAAAACCAAACCAAACAAAAAAACAACCCACGUAAAUGGCUCUCAAAAAAUGUGUUUCCUCCCUUUAUUCCCUUUUAAUCAGAUAAGUCUUUUUCAAGAUGUUGCCCUUGAGGAAUGUUUUGGAAUCAUCGAGGGGCCGAGUGGGAAGGACCCUUGGCCUAACCUAUCCAUCCCCUGCUCCCACCUGCUCCACAUGAAGAAGCUGAGGUCCAGAGACGAGGUGGGGUGGCCUUCCAGGGGCCUAUGAAUUAUACUCCAAGUCUAAUUCCCAAAUUCAGUGUUCUUGGCACCACUUGGUCCCCUCAUCUGUCCUGUUGAAAAGAAGCCAAGGAAGGGGUGGUGCUUGGCAGACUCUGGGGCAAAGGGAGGGAGCAUGCCAAGUGGAGGCAAGCCUGAAGAGAAGCCACCAUGUGAGGCCAGGCAUUCAGCCCAUGAACCCCCUGGUCUGUGUGUGGAAGACAGCCACCAAAGGCAAGAGGUCCAGAAUUUGUCCUACUGGAAAAAGUUGAGGGAGCAGGAGCCAUUGAGCUCAAGCAGCACCUGAGAGCCCUUCUCAAACCUAGACUGCCUCUGGGCCUGCCCGUCCUCCAUGGCCCCUGCAUGACGGAAAGCCUACCCAUGGGUCUUCCCGGGACCAGGGCAUUUCUCACACACCCCCCUCCCCUGCCCCCAUGGGACCACCCUGUCUCUGCCCCACAGCUCCAGUGGCUUCCCAUCAUACUUAGA